AUGGCCUGCCCUUCAGCACUAUAUCUACCUAUCCAGAACGUUACCGUCAACGCAAAUACUUAUGUUCAGGCUAGAGGCAUCGAUAUAGGAAUUGGAACUCCUGCACAACAUGUAGCGGUCGUGCCGGACUUUGGUCAGAACAAUACCCGUGUCCCGAGUUGGACAUCAUGCGACAGCUCACCUUCAGAGCUCGACUGCAUCAACGAGAUCGGUGGAUUGUACAACGCGGCCAACUCAAGCACCUUCGUCUUCUCUACUGCAACAAGCACUAAUGGGUCUAGAACUGGUGUCGGAGGAGAUUACUUCAAUGACAAUCUUCUGGUCAAUAAUAGCACAAUAUAUGGUCAACCGUUGCUAUCUGCAGCACUGAACAAUUCUCAAGGAUUCAUCGGUCUCGGCGUUGAAUCGGUCUUUCUUGAUUCCAUGGUGAAUGCAACACUCGCACCAAGCAGGUAUUCGGGUAUGUGGUUUGGAAGCGCCUCAACCGCUAAUCCAAUCGAUGGAUCCUUGAUUAUAGGCGGAUAUGAUGCGAACAAGAGGAAAGGAGAGUCGAACUUCACUAUGUUCUCAAGUUGUCGUGCUUGUGCAAGGGUGACAGGUUUCACAUACAACGACGAUGCUGGAGAAACAGAAUUAAUCGAUACCGAGUUCUGGAUGAGCCACACUCCGUGGUCAGACUAUGUACGUGUACCGACAAAUCUCGCCAACAAAUUUGCAAACGUCACCAACGCCAUUUGGGAUGCAGCCGAAGGGGCAUACAAAUGGAAUUACGCUAUAUCGGGCACGAUCACCGUAACACUCGCAAAUGGUUACACUUCCACCAUACCAGCGAGCGAAUUUGCUCUUCCGCCUAGCAGCGUGAAUGCAAACGGCAUUAAAGAGCCAACGGCUUCAACUGAACUCAUUUCAAUGGUACGCGCAAACACCUCAAGUGGCACUGUCGCAUGGGGAGCGCCAUGGCUAGCCAUGAAUUACAUCUUCCUCGACCCUGUCAUUGGCAGCUUUGGACUUUCUCCAGUCACUGCCCAGACACGAAAUUCGCCGGUCUUAGUACAUUCUCUUUGCUCAGAAGAUGCUAACCAACAAAAUUCAACCAACACGACAGAUCAGCCACCAGGCAGCUCAGAUCAACAAACGGGCAAUCUCAGCGAUGGCACCAAUACCUCGAAUGGUGCCACGAGUACUUCAAACAAAAGCACGAACACUGGUGCCAUCGCUGGUGGCGUAGUCGGUGGCGUCGCAGGUCUUGCUCUCAUCGUCCUUGCUGUGUUCCUCUUCAUGCGGCGACGACGCAAGCAGAAACCUGCGGCAUCAGCAUUACCAUCGAUGUCCCAGAACGACGCAGCAGCACUGCACGCACAGGCCGCUGAACUUCCACCGAAGUACAUGGACCACCCUCCUGCUCAAGAGAUGGCAACCAGCCGUCCAGUGCAGCAGAAACAACCUCAAUCUCAACCUGUUGAAAUGUGGGCCGAGCCAUCACCUAACGAGCUCGAAUCGAGUACGGCGGAGCGGAGAAGUCCCAGGUUUUAA